AUGAAGAAUGAUGUCCGUAUUCUAGCUGCUAGUGGUAAGUGGUCGUCAAUCAGUCGAUGGCCUGAAAGGAAAGGAAGGCAGAGAGAGUCUUUAUUGCAGGAUGUAAUGCUUGGAGACGGAAAUAUCGGUAUCCAAUCGAAAAUGAAGAGCAGAGACGUUUUCCUUGCAUUGGAAGGAAAGGACCAAUUCCACAAUGGCAGUGGCCAGGAAUGCUGGAGAUUCUUAGAAGAAUCAGAAACUAAGAGUAAGGUUGUUGAUCUAGAUAGUAAGCUGUGUAAGUUAGGUUUUAAAGGGUGGGUAGGGCAGGACUCAAAUGACCUCUCGGGGGGUCUAAUUUUGUGUUGGGACUGUUCUAUUGAAGUGUCAGUGUUGUUUGUAUCUGAUAACUAUGUAUGUUGUGAAGUGAAAGAUGAAUGUAAUGUAGCUUUUUAUGUGGUGUGUGUCUAUGGGGAGCCUGUUGUUGAGAAAGGGGCUCUGGUGUGGAAUACCAUUAGAGCCUUCCUUUGGUCCCACCUUGGGAAACACCUUCUCUUGGGGGAUUUUAACCAACUUGAAUCCAGUGACCAAAAACUAGGAGGGAACUUGCUCAUCAAAGGGGCACAAGCCUUCCUAGAUUGGAAAGAGAAUUGUAACUUAGUAAACAUUCCAUGCCAUGGGGUUCAAUUCACAUGGACCAAUAAUCGACAGGAAGACAAAGUCAUCUUCGAAAGAUUGGAUAGGGCAUACUGUAAUGACAGUUGGAGGACUGAAUUUCUGGAUGCAUUAACAAUAAACUUUCCUAUUUUCAUUUCGGACCAUGGACCAAUUAUAGUGGACUGCCACCCUUCCUUCACAAAGAAGAAAAGAGCUUAUAAAAUAGAAGCAUGGUGCCUUGAGUUUGAGACCAUUGAUAAGAUUGUCAAUGUAGCCUGGCAAUCAAAAGUGCCAGGAUCAGGACUUUUUAAAAUACAACGAAAACUUCAAAGGAUAGCGAAAGAGUGUAGGCACUGGUGUUUGAACUACAAGGAUAAAUAUGGAAUCCAAUGGGAUAAGAUGAAUCAGGAUCUCUCGAUGGAUCAGGCUGAGCUUCAGAACCAAAACAAUUGCACAAGUGAAAGUAACAAGAGUAAAAAGAUUAGAAUAUCGACGGAUAUAAAGCUGGAGUAUUGGAAGCAAAGGGCACGUACUAAGUGGGAUCACCUUGGUGAUCAACCAUCUAGCUUCUUCUUUAAAAGCAUGAAAACGAGAAAGGGCGGAAAUGAUAUAAGAGCUUUCAAAGAUUCAAUGGGCGUUUGGACUGCGGAUGAAAUUAAGAUAAAGGAAGAAUUUGCUUCGUUCUUUGAACAUCUUUUCAACCCGGAACCCCAUUUGGAGGAUAUGGCAACUAGUAGGGAUUGGCUAGAAGGAAUGCCUCGACUAUCUAGUGAUCAGGUAGCACAUCUUGAAGAGCCAUUUACCUCAGAAGAAAUUAAACUCGCGCUGUUUAGUAUGAAGCCGCUGAAGUCCCCUGGGCCGGAUGGUUUUCCGCCUAUUUUCUAUCAAAAAAAGUGGGAAAUAAUUGGAGAGGAUGUGUGUCAAGCCACCAAGAACUUUCUAGAUGGUGGGCAUAUGCUUCGAGAGACAAAUAAGACAUUCAUUGCCUUAAUUCCGAAAGUGAGUCGACCAGAAAAUGUUGGCCAAUUCAGGCCUAUUAGUCUGUGCAAUACAUCAUACAAGAUUAUAUCUAAAUGCCUUGUCAGAAGAAUUCAACCUCUCAUGAACUCUCUCAUAGGUCAAUUCCAAAAUGCUUUUGUUCCGGGAAGAUCGAUAAAUGACAAUUGUAUCAUAGCCCACGAAAUGCUCUUUAAGGUGAAGAAGGCAAAGAAGGAUGCAAAAUACAGCAUGAUCCUAUAUCUUGAUCUAAACAAGGCAUAUGAUAGAGUAAGGUGGGAUUUCAUUAGAGAAGUCCUCAAUGCAAUAGGGUUCCCCUCAAAAUGGACUCACAUCAUUAUGGAAUGCAUUUCUUCGGUGUCUUACUCAGUACUGGUGAAUGGAGAGGCAACAAGGUCCUUCUCACCAAAGGCGGGUUUAAGACAAGGUGAUCCUCUGUCACCCUAUCUUUUCAUUCUGUGUAUGGAGGGGAAAUGA